AUGUCAGAUCGCAGCGAAGCGGAGGGUCUGCGGCAAAAUAGCCCGGAUUGGCGGGAUUACCGAUCACUGACGGUAGCGCAGCAACAGGACGUGCGUGCGUCGCAGCGGACGUUUGAUGCAGCAUACAUUCGCACUGCGUUCUCCGAACUGACGUUUGGACUGAUCAUCCUGCGGCUGUUCAGCAAAGAAUUCCUGCCCGUCGGCACGGUUUACACAAUCCAGUCUCUCUGCAUGAUCGUGCUGGCCCUGCACCAGCGAUGGCAGUACAAGGUGCUCUUCCUGAGAGACAUCGACGGCGACUUCGUGACGUCUGGCCAAAUUGUUCUCAUCUCCGGGCUGCUGGCAAUUGCCGCCGAUACUGUGCUCCUGGUCAUCAUAGCCCGCAUGCCACAGAAACAAUAA